GCAAACUGCAUCACCAGUGAUAUUGGAAUAUUGCAUGAAAGGUGUCCAGACAAAUAAACACCUGAUGCCAAACUCUACGCAGAGAGGGAAAUUGAACUAUACAUAUUCAACAAGUCUCAUCUAGCAGUCCGUUUUUCAAUGGCCUGAGUUGAUCCAGAACGUGGUAUAUCAAAUACAAGAUGGUCGUCUCUAUCAAUCAAAACAGGACACAGAAGCUUGCAACUGAGGGGAAAUGGACAACAAUACAGUUUGUUUUCCUUAUUGUUGUCAUGUGUGUGGUUGUUACCAUGGCGAUGCAAUAUGAAUACAUAACGUCAAUAACUAGGGCUCGGACAGCACCAGAGAUCAAUGGUUUCAACAUUAUAAAAAGAUAUAAGCAAAGACCUCCUACUGAUGCAAGUCAUGGUCCGAGAUUGAACUUAAGAAGGGAGAACUUCACUGCCAGGGUUUUCAUAGAUGAACAUGGUGAGAAAGGGUUUCAAAAUGAACAAUUGAAUCUAAAGAAUGCAUCUGCUGGAGUCUUGGUUUAUGAACAUGAUGAGAAAGGGUUUCAAAAUGAUGACAAUAACACACUAGAAAUCAACGAUAAAACAAUUGCAAUAGGAGGUGCUAUAACAACACGAAAAGUGAAAGAAUUAACUGCGAAAAGUAUGGCUUCUAGACUGCCAUUGUUUUUACGUUUACUUCCGAGCUUUUGUAAAACCGCAAGCAAAGGAUUUAGUUAUCAUUUCUAUUUGGCACAUGAUCAUGACGACCCAUAUUUCAAUUUGACCGACUCUCAUGUAAUGUUCACCAAGGAAUUUAAUGCUGCUAUUGCAAAACACUGCCCAUCAGAUAUUCCAGUUAGACUCCAUUUAGUGCGAUGUGGUCACUCUGGAAAACCAGCCUGGGCCCAAACAGAUGCAAUGUGGGAGGCGUAUUUAGACAAUAUGCCGUUUUUCUAUCGUGUCAAUGACGACAGCGUUUUGCUGACGGAAGGAUGGUCCGAGGUUUUCACGGAGACGUUAUCCAAGUACGUGCCCCCUUAUAUUGGAGUAGUAGGCCCAACCCACAUAGGCGGGAACCUUAAAAUUUUAACUUACGAUUUUACACAUAAGACCCACCAAGAUAUUUUCGGGAUCUAUUAUCCGCGACUAUUUACGGAUGUAUGCGCAGAUGACUGGAUAACGAGUGUUUAUGGUCCCAAUCGCACUACUAAACUUGAAGGUGUCAUACUGAAGCAUACACAAGAAAAGGGUACCAGAUACAAGGUUCAUUUCGGCGUCAAGCGAAAGCUCCAAGCAACUAUAGCCUCCAACCAGAAAAUACUCAACCGUUACAUAACGUACAGAAAUUCAACCCAUACAACUAAAAAUCCAAAACGUCAGAAAAUAAUUUCAAUGAGCCUUUAUUCAAAUGACACGGCCAGUUUGAUUGGGGCUGUUCGUAAUGCACAGCUAACCCCGGUCAUGUUUCCUGGCUGGACGGCGCGAUUUUACAUUCAGAAAACAUUUGGUACAUCAAAUCAUGAUGUUAUACCACAGAAUGUAAUAAGAAAGCUUCAACUUUUAGGAGCCCAGAUAUUGUAUGUGGACAAUCAAGCUACAAAAAUAUUACCUGAAUUUUGGCCAUAUUUGGUCAUUAAUGAUUCAACAGUUGAGUGGUUUAUUAUUCGAAAUGUGACAUUCCGUUUAACAGAUCGUGAAUUCAUAACCGUUGAAGAGUGGACCAAAAAAUCAAAGAGAGCUUUCCAUUGUAUCAGAGACCAUCCUUCUCAUAAAACACCUAUCAUUCCAAAUCUCAUCGGUGGCGUUAAUUCCAGGAUAAAAUCUCUUUUCUCUGGUUCUUUCUUGUCGUAUUUAGGAAAAGAUUUCUUGAAGAAACUUUGGGAGAAUAACGAAAAACAUUUUUACUGCCAUGAUAGUUUUACAUGUAAAAGCCAACCGCAGUCAUUCCCAUUUGUUUCCCCUCGAGAGGGAGACACUUUUAUUGGACAGACUUAUGACGGAUAUCAUGAACCAGUUGACAACAAAGAUAUUGAGUCUCUAAGAAAGGCUCAAAAAGUACCUGAAUGUUAUAAGCCCAAGAGGAUGUGA